AUGGGGCCCGACGAGAUCGAGAUGGUACCGCCCAAGACGCCACGCGGUUUGCCCCCCUCAGAAACAGAUUACCAGCCCGUCAACUGGAAGAGGCUCUUUUUGCGCCCAAAGUACCUAGCCAUGUGGGUGGUCUUAGUGAUUAUUAUCAUUCUGACCGCCAUCAUUACCAUCUACCACGACAAGGUUGUUGAGCAUCUUCGGCCCUUUGCCGAGCAAGUGCGCCAUCUACCCGGCGGGUGGCUAAUACCAAUCGUCAUCCUCAUCGUGAUAUCGUUUCCACCUUUAUUUGGCCAUGAAAUCAUUGCAUUACUGUGCGGAGUAGUAUACGGAUUAUGGAUUGGCUUCGGCAUCGUGGCGGCAGGCACCUUUUUGGGAGAAGUUGGUACUUGGUUCGCCUUCAAGUAUCUAUUUCGACAAAAGUCGGAGAAGCUCGAAAGGACAAGCUUGAGCUACGGCGCCCUGGCGCGCAUCACUCGUGAUGGGGGUUUCUGGAUUGUCCUGAUUAUUCGCUUCUCGGCGAUACCUACCCACUUUUCCACCGCCGUCUUUUCCACGUGCGGCGUGAACUUCUGGAUCUUUGCCAUUGCGACGUUCCUUACGCUUCCGAAACAGAUCUUUCUCGUCUAUCUCGGUGUCCUCCUACUCCAAGACAAGCCGGACGACGCGCCCAAGAACAUUGUGUUUGGUAUCGCGUUUGUGUUGACCAUUGUCAUGGCAGGCUACAUCGGUUUCAAGAUGCGGUUUGUUAAGAAGAUCUUGAUCGAGGAACAAGAGGAAAGGAGAAAGGCUUUAGCAAUGCCGACGAUGGAUGACACAGUCAAUACCGGGGAUGGGGUCUUGGACCCAGAAAGAAGCGAGGUUCGUGAUCCGUGGACGGUGGAGGCGCAACACAAGUUUCUAAACAGGUCGAGUCAGUAUGAGGCCCUUUCCCAGAACGACUUUAGCAUCGUGAUGCCAGGUCCUGCCGCCGGAAACCACACGCCGCUUGGUGAACCCUCCAAGGGACCGUCCACUGCGCCAUCCGGGUGGACGACAGAGGCUGUCAACACACCCGAUAGUCCAGGAACGCCGCCAAACGAGUACUUUGGGCAGCAACCGGCAAAAGGGUUUCAGUGGGUGUGAGGGAUGGUGUUGCAUCAAAAUGCGCGAUGUUACCUUG